AAUACUCGAUGGUGAACAUCGCUGCGCUCUUCUUCUGUCUUCCUUGGAGCAACAAUAAGUGGAACAGUUGAAUGCAGGACAUCCCUGACUAUUGGUUUCAGUGACCAUGGCGGAUGCCCAGAACGAAAUACCUAGCAUAGAUAUUCAAAGAAGAGAAACUGAACGCCUAUUAGCAAAGCCGCUAGUUAGUAAUGAAACAUGGUACCUGGUUCAUAGUGAUUGGUUCAAAAGUUUCAAAAGUUAUAUACGCUUAGAUAAAAAUUGGGAUGAUGGUCAUGAACAUGAACAUCCUGGCCCUAUUGAUAAUAGUUCACUCUACAAAGAUGGAGAUGCAACAGACAUAAGAGACCAUCUAGUUGAAGAAGUAGACUACGUUUUUGUGCCAGAAGAGCUGUGGCACCUCCUUGUUAAAUGGUAUGGCAUGGUAACUGAUCAACUUCCAAUACCAAAGAAGGUUAUUGAAUAUGGUCGAAAUGCAAAAAACACCAAAAUUGAAGUAUAUCCACUGCCUUUACGCCUUAUAAAGGAUUUUGAUAUGGAUAAAUCAUUUGUUCAUAAAUUUAGCAAGGCAAAUACUAUUGGGCAUGUUGCAAAAGUAAUAAAAGAAUUGUUUGGUAUUUCUGACGAAGUAGUAAUAAAAUUGUGGGGUUUAUUUUCUCCAAAUUCCUGUGAUGAAUUAAAUUUUAGUAAAACAAUUGAAGAAGAAAGUCUCUUUCCUGAUCAAGUUGUCGUUGCAGAAGCUUGUCGGCCAGAUGGAACGUGCAUAAAGCCGUCUAAAAAUGCCAUGAAUACAAAUUCCAUGCGAAAUUCGUUGGAAAAAAGUGGAUCUUUGAACAUGUCCACAAAAAAUAAUCCUGGACCAAGUGUUUCACGAGUUACUCGUUUUCAUACAUCAUAUUCAGGUAAUAAUGAUGUUCGAUGCGGAAGUGUCACACCUGGCUUAUGCGGACUUUGUAAUAUGGGGAAUACAUGUUUUAUGAAUAGUGUAAUUCAAUGUUUGAGUAAUUGCCCUCCACUUGUUAAACAUUUUGCAGAGGAUGAAUAUUUGAAGGAUUUAAACACUGAAAACCCAAUUGGUAUGAAAGGCAAAAUUGCAACUGCAUUUGGUGAAUUAAUAAAGAUUAUGUGGUCAGGAAAAUAUCCUUUUGCAGUGCCUAAUAAUUUCAAGGAGCAGGUCGGUACAUUUGCUCCUCAGUUUUCUGGCUACCAACAACAAGAUUCUCAAGAACUGUUAACAUUCCUUCUUGAUGGAUUACACGAAGAUUUGAAUAAGAUAAAACAGAAACCGUAUAUUGCUAUGAGUGACAGUGAUGGCCGACCGGACGAGAUUGUGGCAUCAGAAGCAUGGGAAAUCUAUCAGAAAAGAAAUGAUUCAAUAAUUGUUGAUUACUUCCAUGGCCUUUUAAAAUCUACAGUUGUUUGUCCAGAUUGUGCAAAAAUUUCAGUCACCUUCGAUCCAUUUUGUCAUCUGUCUCUACCGCUACCAAUUAGAAGAGAGCGCUACAUUGAGGUCACAUUUUUCCCAUCUGAUUUAUCAAAGAAGCCUCAGGUUAUUACAACAAUGGUACCAAAGAAAGGACAUGUGAACGAUUUAUUAUGCGCUUUAAGCCACCAAUGUGGAGUAAGCCCAGACGAACUUGUUGUUACGGAAAUCACAAAGCAUCAUUUCCACAAAUUUUAUUCGAGUAAUGAUGCACUGGAAAACAUUGAUUCUAAAGAAGAUAUUGCAGUAUUAGAAGUUCCUCACAUGUGCAAAUCAGAUGAUAAUCAUGUCAAAAGAGAUAUUGCUACUGCCAGUACUAGUUGUAAGUGUACUUCUCCAGAAAAUAUAUGUCAUUUACUUCCCAAUGAUCUCUUCAGUUUGCACGUUGUCAAUGCUUCUACAACAUCAGUUGUUUUCAAACUUCAUAAUGAUGGCAACCCAAUUCAAAUGCCAAUUUCAGAUGUCAUUGGUCGCCAGUAUUUAGCAGCACAAUGGACAACUGAGAAUCGCAAACAGUAUUUGAAUUCCUUCAUCCAAAAUGAAAUUGAUGGUCGUGAUUCAGGACGGCAAAAGCGGUCACAUAAAGUACAGUUAAAAGAUUGUCUGGAACUUUUCACUAUGUGUGAAAAACUUGGUGCGGAUGAUGCCUGGUAUUGUCCUGAUUGUAAACAACACCAAAGGGCGACAAAAAAAUUUGAUUUGUGGAAAUUACCCAAGAUUUUGAUUAUACAUCUCAAGAGAUUUUCAUAUAGCAGAUUCCGUCGUGACAAAAUAGAUUCAUUAGUGGAAUUUCCUUUGAGAGAUUUAGAUAUGUCCAAAUAUAUUAUUAAUGAUAAACAUCCACCUGCUAAGUAUAAUUUGAUAGGAAUCUGCAAUCACUACGGUGGAAUGGGAGGUGGUCACUACACUGCUUAUGCUCUUAAUAAAAUUGAUAAACAAUGGUAUUGUUUUGAUGAUCAUAACGUGUCACCUAAAACUCCUGAAAAUGUUGUUACAAACUCCGCCUAUGUUUUGUUCUACAUAAGAAGUGACUAGCAAAUGGUGUAAUAGUGUCAGGAACACAGGGACUACUUAUGAAUGAACUCACACACCAUUUUGUGCCUGUGUGUCUCCACCUCUCAAUCUCUUUCAAAUUUCUAAAAUUUGCUUUGUGUCAAGGUUUUGUUUGUUGUGAGAGGAAGGGCAUAAUUUAUUUUAAAUUUCUGUUCAUCAUUUCUGUGAUAUUAUUUCUAUGCUGUAUCUGAUUUUUAUUUUUUAUUUUUUUUUGUUUGUUUUUGGUUAAUUGUAUCUCUAUUGUCCAGCGGGUCUUGGAAUGUACAUCAAUUUUAAAACCAAAACACCAAUGAUUACAGUAAUGAAAUUAUACCACAAAUUUACGUGCAUUAUGAGAUAAUACGGUG